UGUGAAAUGUGAUUGCAGUUGCUUUUUAUAUUGGAUAGAAUCAGUCUGUUACGCAAGGCCUUGGCCCAGACUUUUACACAUAGGUUCUGGUCAGCAGAAUAGGACGCCAAUAUGAUGGGACGCGGUGCCCUGGCAGGGGCGAGGCUCGCCAGCGAGAGAAAGAAAAGAACCUCGAAACUGCAGAAGCAAGGAACGAGGAGGCUUCGCCGCAUAACACCCAGGCCGGCUAAGAUGAUGGUAAUCAAGGGUAGACUCAAUCUCCUGUCCCCGUACUCCAUCUGCGUCAUUCUGGGCUUCUGUAUCCUCGUUACCGGGGUGAUUAUGUGUAUGUUUGCGUACGAAUAUGUGGACGUCGCCUUGCGCAAUAACAACAAUUCUUCCAGCACCAUGGGUAUGGAAGCAGACCGGGCGUUUCCUACAGACCGGGCCUUUCUGCGGGACUUUCGGCUCAUCGGCCCACUGACUGUGGGAUUAGGGGUUUUCGCAGUGCUGUGUGGGGUGACGGCUUUACUGGAGGACCGAGACAGGAGAACGAAAAGAAUAUUCGUCCGAGAGCCUUCAGACGACGUACGGCAAGACGUCGACGGCGAUCUGGGGCAAAUCUCAGUACUUUGCAAAGGGUACCACCCGGGUUAUGCAUCUGUAUCGAGACUCUCCAAAUACAGACUCCCACGCUUUACAGUGGGCUCGUGCCCGAACCUGCGGUACCAGCCCGACUCGCCCGCUCGCCUGAACCCACUGCGGGGGUACAUGAAGUCCAUGCCCUCCCCCGUGCCGCUACGAGACUUUUACAGGUUUCAGCCUCUC